GUCGGUAACUUGACGAUUGGAAUUUGGAGCCGCGAAGAGCCCGCCUCGACUGGAUCUCCAUCGACGGCCGUUUUUUAUUUUCGCUCUCAACUUUGGACGUGAGGCUUUUUUAUUUAUUUUUUAAUCCAUCCGCCACGAGCAGGUAGCGCGAGUAGGGAGAAAGACUGGAAGCAAUGAGAAGGGGAAGAUGCCGGAUGGGUCGCUCCAUCACCGCCAGUGCGCCAGUCAGCAGCACAACAACAACAAAGCCAUGCCGAGCUUCAGCCUCAAAUGGAUGCUGGCGUCGGUGUUGAUGUUGCUGCUGCUGUUCGGCGCCUUCUUCUUCUGCGAGUAUCUCAUUUACUUCCCCACCAUCGUCCAGUGCGCCUGGCCCCGCAUUGAGCAUGCGCGCGGCGGGGAGGACUCGCCGCCGGUCCGCGCCAUGGUUCUGUCGGACACGCACCUCCUGGGCGCCGUGGGGGGUCACUGGUUCGACAAGCUGAGGAGGGAAUGGCAGAUGGAGAGAGCCUUCCAGACCGCCUUGUGGCUCCUCAGGCCCGAGCUGGUCUUCAUUCUGGGGGACAUCUUUGACGAGGGCAAGUGGAGCUCCCAGAAGCACUGGGAGGAUGACGUGCGGCGCUUCCACAGGAUAUUCAGACACUCCAGCGACACAGAGCUGGUUGUACUGGUUGGUAACCACGACAUCGGCUUCCAUUAUGAGAUGGACUGGUUCAAGCUGCAGCGCUUCGAGAAAGUCUUUAACGCCUCCUCCACUCGGAUUGUUACUAAAAAUGGAAUCAACUUCCUGCUGGUGAACAGCGUGGCCCUGCAUGGCGACGGCUGCCCCAUCUGCCAGGCGGUAGAGAAGGAGCUCAUUAAACUGUCCAAAGACCUCAACUGCUCUCUUCAGAGUUCACAGUCUGCUGGCACCGUGGCAGUGGAUGGAUGUGAGGGUGCACAGGUGUACCCCCCCACACCCCCCAUCAUGUUACAGCACUACCCGCUGUACAGAGUGAGCGACGCAGGCUGCAGAGGAAAAGACGCAGCGCCGCCCGGAGAGCGACACCUUCUGUUCAGAGAGAAGUAUGACGUGUUGUCCAAAGAAGCCUCCCAGAAGUUGCUGCAGUGGUUUAAGCCCCGCCUCAUCCUGAGUGGCCACACCCACAGCGGAUGUGAGGUUCUCCAUGACAACAAGUACCCAGAAAUCAGUGUGCCGUCCUUCAGCUGGAGGAACCGCAACAAUCCCAGCCUGAUCCUGGCGUCGGUGUCCCCGGGGAGUUACUCGGUGUCCAAGUGUUUCUUACCCGAGGAGAGCACGGUGAUCGGCGUGUACUGCUCGGCCGGCGCCUGCUUGCUGUUGCUGCUCCUGGCUCAUUGUUUGUGGAUGAAAGGCCUGCUGCAGUGUCUCAGUCUCUGUCUGCUGGGGAAGCACAAGUCACUGUGAAACUACACUACUCAGCAGCCCCCUGGAGGCCCACACAAGGAGUCCGGGAUUCCUUCCAACGUGCUAAGAAACUCUUGCUUUGUGUGAAAGACGCACAUUUAUAUUUGAGUCCAAAAUGGUGUUUUAAAGGACUUGAAAGUUGUGAGAUGUUUGUAGCUUGUGUCGCACAAACUGAUUUGAACGACUUUGUCUCAUCUUCCGCUGCGGCCCUCAAAAGGCGGGGCUUGAUUUAAUGGUUCAGGUAAAAAAGAAGAAAGCUGGGAGUUCUCGCUGCCAAAAAAGAAGCCAGCACACUUCCGAGCUCUUUGAUUGUUUGAGGCAUCCUGAGAUCAACUUUAUUAUUAUUAUUAUUAUUGAUGUGAAUCGUUGUUGUUGAGCCAUUUGUGUCCACUGUGUGUCCACAUUCAUCACAUUUUGUGAAGGGAUUUCUCUUUUAUGCCACACAUCCAAGGUAGCUGACUUUAUGUGCCAAAUGUCUGUGCAAUAUUUUGGGGGCCAAAUUGUUGAGAUCGAACUGUGCAGAUUAAAUCACCUUCUUUACACUCA